GUUUGGCAUCCAAAUUAAAAUUCAAGCUUAACCCAUCCAUUUCUCUGCAUCAUUCUCCUAAUCUUCAGUCGAAAAAAUGUCUGGACGUGGAAAGGGCGGCAAGGGCUUGGGAAAAGGAGGAGCAAAGCGUCACAGGAAGGUUUUGAGAGAUAACAUUCAGGGCAUUACCAAGCCUGCCAUUCGCCGUUUAGCCCGUAGAGGCGGUGUGAAGCGUAUCAGUGGAUUAAUCUAUGAAGAAACCAGAGGAGUUUUGAAGAUUUUCCUCGAGAAUGUGAUUCGCGAUGCUGUGACCUAUACCGAGCACGCUAGGAGGAAGACGGUGACUGCUAUGGAUGUGGUUUAUGCAUUGAAGAGGCAGGGAAGGACUUUGUAUGGGUUUGGAGGUUAGGUCAUAGGUUAAUUUUACGAAUGAUUGUAUAUCUGAGAUUUGGAAAUCUAGUCAUUGAUGUUCUUUUAGUUUUACUCGGAAGUCGUUUCAUCGUUGUUCUUGCAAUGAAAUUUUAAUAGAUCGUGUACUUUACUCUUCAGUUUCUAUUUACUCCCUAUCUCGUCUACUCAAACGAUGAGAAUUUUCUCCUUAUUGAU